GGAGCGGGGCGCGGCCGCCGCAGCGAACGGUGCGGGAGGGGACCGAGCGCGUGCGGCGCGAUACCGGCAUCAUGCGUGAGAUCGUGCACAUCCAGGCCGGGCAGUGCGGCAACCAGAUCGGCGCCAAGUUCUGGGAGGUCAUCAGCGAUGAGCAUGGGAUCGACCCCACUGGCAGCUACCAUGGGGACAGCGACCUGCAGCUGGAGAGGAUCAACGUGUACUACAAUGAAGCUGCUGGUGAGUUUGUCUGCAUCCUCUGA